AUGCCAGGCCGUCUUUACAAGGUCAGCCUGCGUCAACUGGCAGAAAUCGCCAACCACAAGCGUCAAGUUCCUCAAAUACCGAGUCGACAUUGGCGUCGCGGGGAUCUAGACAAGGGGCAAGGACGUCACAGAGCCCAGAUAUACGGUCGCCAACAACGCGAGAGGCGAAACCCUCCAGGCAACAGCGUCAUCGACCGUCUCGGUCAGAGGAUCUACCCACAGGCAGUUCAACAGUCUAUGGUCAACCUACGAGAUAUCAGUCUGAAACACCAACUGGACAGGGUUUCAGCCAAGCUACAGGCACUCAGCCAUCCCCAGUCUAUCAACCUUCGCCCGGAUUCCAGCAGAACGCAAUCCCUCAAACGUCUUCUUGGCAAACCCCUCCAGCCCAACAGCAGAUAUAUUAUCAAGGUUCUACACCUAGUACCGCCGCUUUUAGUUACCGAGUCCAGCGGGGAUGAAUACGUCGACUAUCGAGGCGCUCCGUAUCGAGGAAGCCGCAGGCAGUCUCGUGACGUCGUCGGAAGUGCCUCUGCCCAUACUAACACAGAAUCUACCCGAGGACAAAGAUCACGUAACCGGUCUACGUCAAGAAAUGCAGCGGACGAUCAUCGUCAAGUCCCUCCAAUUCCUCCGCAAGAAACAAUCGUCCCCCGGCAACAGGAAGAUCAACACUUCAAAGUCCCGCAACAGGUCAGCCUCGACAGACGGCUGCAACAAUGCCAUUUCAACCAUUUGGGUUAUCCAACACGCUGCCUCUACCGAGUCAACAACCUGAUUCAUCAUAUCAAUUUCCUCCAGGUAACCCUCAGGGCCGACCGUAUGCUGGGUAUAGUCAAUCAGGUUCUUCAGACAAUCGAUAUCCAACUAGAGGAGCACCGCCGAACACCGGAACGAUGA